AUCACCUCUGCUGCCAGGUGUGAUAACGGCCAGCCUCAGCAUUCCCAAUCCGUGCCCUGCACGUCCCAGGCCUUCUGCAGGGAGGGGAGGAGCCGAGGGCGGAGCGGGAGGAGUGGCGCGGGCCCCGCGUGGGUCCUGCCUGAAGAGAUCACCUCGGCCCCUCGGAGAGCCACAGAGCUGCGGCGGCGCUGGAGGGGGGCGGUUUGGCGAGGGCGCGGCCUCUGGGAGGGGAACGUGCGACACGCUUUCCCAGCGCUGCCUCGGGCCACCCCGGAGCCUCGCGGCAGCUCAUUGCCCCACUUGGCCACUGGCUCCGUGAUCCCUCCUUGCGCCUGCCUCGUCUUGUCACCUCCCGUCUCACCCUCCUCGCUUCAUCCACCGCCACCUCAUCCACAGACAUCUGAGCGAGCGCGCCUCUUAGAGCAGAAGGUGCUGCUCUGGGCUCCAGGGCGCGCCCUCCAAAGGUCCCCAGCUCGACAUUCGGGGUCCCGCGGGCGACAGCAUGGACACCAAGCGCUGCUUCGCCAACCGCUUCGAUGACUACCAGGGCAGCCUGCUGGCGGGCCAGUGCGAGGAGGCAGUGGCGCCCUUGGUCACCUCCACCAUCGAACGCAUCCUUCAGGAGCUGCCCCCGCUGGGGGGAGGCGCUGAAGCUCGGGGAGCGACGGCUGCGGGCAGCAGCUGCCAGGGGGGUCUGUACAGCGGCGUGGCCGGGGUGGCCUACAUGCUCUACCACGUCUCGCAGAGCCCGCUUUUCGCCGCCGCCCGGGAGCGCUACCUGCGCUUCGCCAAGCGCCUCAUCGACGCGUGCUCCCGAGCCGAGGAGUGGGGCGAGACGGACGCGGACACCCGCGCCGCCUUUCUGCUGGGGGGCGCGGGCGUGUACGCGGUGGCCACGCUGGUCUACCACGCCCUGGGCCGCCCCGACUACGUGCAGCCCCUCAGCAAGUUCCGGGCUCUGUGCGCCGUCUGCGCUCCGGUCUCCUUCCUGGACUGCGGCUCGGACGAGCUGUUCGUGGGCCGCGCCGGCUACCUGUGCGCUGCUCUCGUGCUCAAGCAGAAGCUCGCCCAGGAGGUAUUGACCCCAACACAAAUUAAAGCAAUAUGUCAGGCAAUUCUGGACUCUGGGAAGCAGUACGCUCUGAAGAAGAGGAAACCAUUCCCCCUGAUGUAUUCUUACUAUGGAACAGAAUACCUGGGGGCAGCUCAUGGCCUGUCGUCCAUUCUCCAGAUGCUCCUUUCUUACCAUGAGCAUCUCAAACCUUCAGAUCAGGAACUGGUAUGGCAGUGCGUGGACUUCCUCAUGGACCAGGAACAGAAUUGUAACUGGCCACCAGAGCUUGGAGAGACCAUCGAGAGAGAGAAUGAACUUGUCCACUGGUGCCAUGGAGCUCCAGGAAUUGCUUAUCUGUUUGCCAAAGCUUAUCUCAUUUCCAAGAAACCGCAGUACCUGGACACAUGUAUCCGGUGUGGGGAGCUUACAUGGCAGAAAGGCCUGUUGAAGAAGGGGCCAGGGAUUUGCCAUGGUGUCGCUGGCAGUGCCUAUGUCUUCCUUCUUCUGUACCGUCUUACAGGAAACUCGAAAUACAUCUACCGUGCCCAAAGGUUUGCUCAGUUCUUAUUCACUGAAGAAUUCAAAGCCGGUUCCCGGGUCCUUGAAAGCAUAUACAGCUUGUACGAAGGCUUCUCUGGGACUGUUUGCUUUCUUAUUGAUUUGCUACAGCCCAAUCAGGCAGAAUUUCCUCUCUUCAGUGUCUUUGUUUAAAAGGUUCCAUCUCCCCGUUGCAGUUGGUGAAGUCCCCUGAGAUUUCCUGAGCUUCCUCUAGGCAGUUUUCCUCGUAAUCCACACCCAAUGGUCUCACGACCAUAAAUAAGCCUUCCCAUUGCUGCCAGAUGGAUGAGAUGAGUCUGAUGAAGACAGCGUGGUACCAGACUGCAGAGAGAGCCUGCCAAACCAAGAUGCCACAACUCAUCUAAAAGCCACCAAUUUAACGUUUCAGGGGAAACAUGGCCAGCCUAAGAUCAGAGAGAAAAGGGGAAAAACAUUUAAUGUUUUUCAGUUUGUGACACAAAAAGCAAAAGUGAACUGGAAAUGAAUGGAAUAAAAUGCCAACACUUUCAAAACUGAACAGCAAAUGUGACCAUCUUUGUAUGCCCAAUACCCCUAAAUUCAGAAGUCAAGAUAACCAACCAGAAUCUAAAAGAAUUUUACCCUGUUAAAAACUGUUAGCAGGGAUCAAGUGUAAAGGUGAAGGACUUGAAAAGAAACCAUUGGUUGUCCUAGGCCUUUACUUACUGAAAUUCUUUUCUGAGUGGAGAUAUGUGGAUAUGUAUGCAGGGUUUUUAUUUUAUCUUAUUUUUUUGACCACUAUUCUGGGCACUUUAAAAACCAUCAUAUCAUAACACUGAAAUUUGAAGCUGCCUUAGGCCUUAGGAUAUCUCUUUUCCUAGUUCCUCUUUCUUUCCUAAAGCUCAGAAUAGUAAGAUUCAGGGCAGGAAGGAGUGUGGCUUAGUGAUAGGGUCUAAGCUCACUAGCUUAGGGUGUAGCUUGUUUAGUGUGCGCAAGACCCCUGAUCUAUGCCUAGCACCACAAGCAAACAAAAAACACAACAAAAACAACAAAAGAAGACAGGAAAACUUGUAUCUAGCAAAUAAAUAUCACUAUCAUGUGUUUGUCUCAAUUGAAAGUGUGAUCCGUAUAUUGUGGAUGUUAGUAAUUUUUCAAAUGUCUUUAUCUCUGUAAUGUCUAUGAAGCUAUUCGAUUGUAAACUAUGCUCUCGGUGAAAAUCAAUCAUCUCAAACAUCAUGGUGGUUUACCAGAAAGGUAAGCCAUUUCUGCAUUUCAUAGAAUUCUGUGAAAGACAUGGGGUGAGAAACCUUGAAGCAGUUCUCGAAAGAAUGUUGCUCCAUUUCAUCCUAUUAGAUUAAGAGUAGAAUGAACUCCCUCACUUUGCAAAACACAAGAUAUACUAGAGAUUGGCUAUCAUGACAGUUGAUUCUAGUUACCACAUCUAGUUUACUUCUGCUACAAACACAAGUUAUAAAAAAUGUUUCAAGUCCAUAGUGGAUUGCUGAACACUAAUAGGAGCAACUGUCAAUAUAUGUAGAACAUGAGAUUUCUGCAGUCCUGAUAUUUAACCACUGAAGUCCAGACAUCAUAUUAAGACAGUUGUGCCAUAUACAGUGUCAUUAUUUGUAGUCAUUAGAUAUUUGGAUGUUUCUAUACAUAAGUACAUGUGUGUAUAUGCUCCAUCAAUCCCCAUAUAAACUGAAGCACUAUUUGAACUGUGGAUAGACUUUUGGGGGAAUUAGGUAGUAGUACUCUGCUGCCUAGAAACAUUGGUGUGUGUGCUGGCUUGUGGAGCUGUGUGAAUCAAUGUAUUUGUGUGGGUUUGGAUGUAUGGUGUAUGUGUGAUCCUAUUUUGGAAAAGAGGGCCUCUUGUAUUCAUAAGAUUCUCAAAGAAUCUUACCAAAGAAAAGAACUGUCUUUUUAUAUUUUGUGGCACUUUGUAUGUUUACAAUCAUCAACACGAGCUGGGACAAAAUCAUUUUUGUAAAAUAUGUACCUUGUUGGCUUAUUGUCUCAUGUUCAAACCCUCGGAUUUCAACAUAUAAAACUGGCUUCAAUUGCUUAUCUGUGAGAAGAGUGUUUGAGCUAAAUCUUAAUUAGACUCCAGAAGUUCUUUCUUGAGGAGAGCAAGCACCUUUUGGAAAGCCUUAAGGAAGACACUAUCCACAGAAUGGUCUUCUUUUCGGAAUGACAGUGGCAUCCCCGUCACCAUCUCAUUUUAAAUACAUUUUGCAUGGGCCCUGCAGGCUACAGAUAAUAACCAUCCAAAAUUAGGGCAUAGGAUGCAUAGAUAUGUUGUAUCUGUUAUAUUUCUAGGAGCCUUAGAAACAACUGGAACUAACUUUGGAAGUUGUGAUAGAGUGAUUAUAGCUUUGUGCUGAUCACUGUAAAAAGGUCACACUUUGUAUAGCAUAUCUAAAAAAUGGUCAUGUUUGGGUGUGGCCUUUCUGUAAGCACCACCUCAGUAAAUUUAAAACAAGAAUAAACAUAUUUUUGGCUGUUAAACCUAUCAUUGAAACUUCAUUCUCCUGAAAGAAAAGCACUGUUGAUUUGGAAGGGUCCUCUUCAGUCUUAUUCUCACAAAGAGAGGGCGGAAAGACACAUUUAUUUUCAGUAGGAAAGUACAUUGUGUCAUUGACAACAUUUUUAAUAUUAAAGCUUGCUCCCUAUUGAAGUCCACUGUGGCAUUUUAAAAAGAUCUAUUUAUUUUUAUUAACUGUAAUUACAUGCAUCUGUGUAGAUAUGUGCAUGAGAGUGCUGGUGCCUGUUGAUGCUGGAGCUGUUAUAUUUACCUGGAGCUGUAGUUAUAGGCAGCUCUGGGACAUUUAAUGUGAAUUCUGGAAUGGAAAUUCAACUUUGGUCUUCAGCAAGGAGAGCCAUGCUCUUAGCUACUGAGUCAUCCCUCCAUCUCUUACAAUGACAUUUCCAUCACUGUUCAAGCUUUAAUACUAUUUACUCUGAAGGAAAAAAAAUUGUGAAUGCUGAGUGGAGAUGUCAGAGGGUAAAAGAGUCUUAACAAUAAGGAAGGAGACUGCAUUAUACUUCAAUAGCAAUAGAUUUUGUAUAACAUCGCGGUUUCAUGGUAUGAACACAGCCACAUACCUUGGCCUCUACACAUUAUCUAUAUUUAUUUUACCUAAUCUCAUGGCCGUUGAACUUCUUUUCAACUUGUAACCUGAUAUUUGAAGAGAAUAGAAGUUUGACAGCGCGAAUUUCCAACUUUUUUUCCUUCCAGGCAAUUGACUACAUUGUUAAGAUAAUAGUCUUCAUGUAUGACAAUUCAUUACACAGACAGAACAAUUUACUUGGUGUGUAGUGAGCCCCAUCUCUUCCCCUGGCAACUUACUUCUUUAGCUUUCUUUGAAAUUUUAAUCAAAGUGUUGUGCAAAUUGUUUUGGUUUCUGUAGAGAGUAUAUCUCAGUAACUUGGGUGCAAGAAAUAAGAGUUGGGGAUUUAUAACUUGGCUAAGAAAUUUAAGUUCCUAAAAUGUGCACAAAAAAUUAAGCUCAGUUAAUAUUAAAAACAACCACAUGUCCUAUGUCAAUGUAGUGCUUAAGGUCCAGAUGGGUAAAAAUCGAUGUAUAUACAUUUUAUAAUCUACAACCAAUUCUGACUAUGGUGUUUGCACCUCGGAAGUUUCUGAAUUUACCCCAGAAGGAUGGUUGCUGUGGCCUAGAAGCUCUUUUUAAAACACAUGACCUCAGGAUUAGUAGCUGCAAGACUUGGAACUAUUCUGUAGUCAGAUCGCAAGUUCAGGGCAAGCUGCCACAAGAAUGCGUGUGCAGUGAGAAUAAGGGAGUGGCUGCGUGUAUCUUCCACUCCAUAAAAGGGGUUGGUCAUAUUGUUUUUAGUGCCAUAAAAGACAAAAACUGAAGGAGUUCCUACAUGGACUUUGCUUGUGGUCCUAAGUCCUUGACUGGGAGUGCAAUUUCCCCCCUUACUUUGUAAAUUAAAAUUCCUAAUGAACUGGGACUUUAGGGUCUUAUAUAGAGACAUAGACCAUAGACCUUUCAAAAGGAUCCCAAUACACUCUCUCUUCUCAUACUUUCGGAGAUGACAAGUAUUACAAAGGAAUGGGGAUGGGAAGAAACACCCGAGUGUGUUUAUGUGUAAACAGAAUUCAUACAUAUAGAAUAAUGCAGUUCUGCUGAAUUUUUAUUCAUAUUUUUUGUUAUAUGUUCCUCGAUGUAUAAUCUUGCAUUGCGUGUGAAGUAGCUGUGACUUAGCAAUCAGUUAAAAGAAGACAUAAAUUCUAUACAUGUCUACAGUUUUCAGCAAAUGUCGGAUACCAUCCCCUGAUGUUUUAAUAUCUGUGUGUAUGUGGUAAUUAUCAGUAAAACAAAUGAUGCCACUGAAUUUGGUUCAAGUUGAAUGUAGUAAUACUUAUAUGUGGAUAUAUUCAAAUAAGCAGAUUGAUUCAAAUAAUCAGUCUUGUCUCCGUCUAUUAGGACUUUAGUAUUUAAUAGAGGUAAUAGAGGUGUCUUCUGAAGACUGUAGCAGCAGUAGACUCCUUUUGCUCUUGAAAGUUCAGUAUAAUUUGUAUUAUAUAGAUGUUCCAUGAGUAAGUGUGGAAUACUCUUGAGUGCAAUAGUGUGGUCUCAGAACCCGGUAAAGGACAAUCCAUUCUCUAACAACAUAUAGGGCUUCUCCAACUGGAACUUCUUGGGGAGCUCUGGGAAGACAGGUCUGAAUUUUAAUCUCUUGGAUGUAAUGGAACUAAACAGAAUUUUUAAAAUGGAAUUUGUAGGCUUCAGUGAAAUGUGUUGAAAAGCCAUACAUAAGUGGGAAAUGGUCAAGCAUUAUAUAGUGGAGUGAAUAGAAUCACCAAAAGGGUUUUCAUUUCUGCAUACUUCACACUACUUACAAAAGUAGGAUUGCAUCAUUAUUGGGUUAAAAAGCUCAUCUUCCUAAUGGUACAUUCAUCAGAAGCAAACCAGUGCAAUUCCAUAAUCUUUUGGGGUAGUACCAAAGAGUAAAAUGACAUUAUAGUAUAACAGCUUACUCCUAAUUGUACCAAACAGUAACCAAGCACCAUAGUCUAAUGAACUAUUGAAUUCUGAAAACAACUCAAGAAAUGAGUAUUGUUAAUAAAGUUGAGCUCUCUGCUGUAUUUCUCCGCAUAAUUACAAGUAAAACAAAAUUAUAAAAAAUAAGUCAAAUAAUAGAAAUUAGUUAUUAGUACUUUUAAAAGCCUCUUAAUUUUUUUUCUUUUUACUAAUAUCAAAUUCAAUACGCUAUCUGUUGUAGCUAACAAGAAUUUUGGGAUACUCACACACCAGUUGAGAGGCAUUAUAAAAAUGACUUUUUUAUUUUUGCCAAAAUCAAGUUCUUUAACUUCUUGCUAAUUAUUGUUUCCUUAGGGAUACUUUGAAGUGUUCGAAAGAUAUAUCAGUAGCAGUUACUUCUAAACUUAGUGCAGAAUAUUUUGCUAGGCAUUUUACUAUAUUAUAUAACAUGUCCUACUAUGGUAUUUUAUAAUAAAACCAAAUUCUCAAGUAUUCUGGCUUAUUACAUAUUAUUAUACCCAAACAUCGCUUUCUAUCAGUCUAUUACUAUACAUGCAUAUUUUUUGAAAAAAUACUGGGUGUUUUGGUCCCAAUGAGGAAGUAUAUUGCAAUAUAUGACAUUGAUUUUUUUAAAUGAAAAUCCACUUAAGUGUCGGGCAGGGAACUAAGCUAUGAUUGUAUAUGCUCUUCUCAAGGAUAAAACGGCAUGUGACAAUUCAGAAAGACACAGUCUUUGUGAGAAGUUAAUGAGCAUGACCAGGAAGUAUCAACUUCUAAAUGCUCAUCAGAGUUUAGCUUCUGUUAUCUGUUGUUCCAAGGGCAGGAAGGACAAUUGUCAGUUGCAUUUGCUUCAGCUUCACAGAGGGGGUUGCUAACAGUCCACUGCUUGGUGUAAUGAAAUCUCUUCAGAAGCAAAGGAGAUUCAGAAACUUAGUGAUGCACCUUAUUCUUUUUCACCUGCUGUUACAAUAUCCCCAAACCCUGUGGUCUUUCCAGUGUUUUCUGUAGUAGUUUUGUACUGUAGAAAAUAAUCUGCCAUAAACUGGACUUUAUUGUGUUGCAAGUGAUGUCUCUGGCUUACUGCCCCCCUGCUUCUACAUGGUCCACUUAAUAAUGUAAAAUGUGUGAUAAUCCUUUGCCUUAAAGUCAGAUGCUAAAUAAUUUCUGUGUUCUAAUUAAUAAUUCUUAGCUUCACUGUUAAUUUUCCUCUAAAGCUAAAUGUGGUGUCAAAUAAAAUAUUACACAAAUCCU